GACAACAUCUGCUCUAAGCAUGAUGAGGUGAUGAAGAUGUUUUGUCGCACUGAUCAGAAGUGUAUUUGUUUUCUCUGCACCAUGGAAGAACAUAAAAACCACAUUACAGUCUCAGCUGCAGUAGAAAGGACUGAGAGGCAGAGAAAGCUGGAGAAGCGACAAGGAAAAAUACAACGCAGAAUUAAGGACAGAGAGAAAGAUGUGAAGCUGCUUCAACAGGAGGUGGAGGCCAUCAAUCGCUCUGCUGAUAAAACAGUGGAGGACAGUGAGAAGAUCUUCACUGAGCUGAUCCGUCUCCUCCAGAAAAGAAGCUCUGAUGUGAAGCAACAGAUCAGAUCCCAGCAGGAAACUGAAGUGAGUCGAGUCAAAGAUCUUCAGGAGAAGCUGGAGCAGGAGAUCCCUGAGCUGAAGAGGAAAGACGCUGAGCUGGAGCAGCUCUCACACACAGAGGAUCACACCCAGUUUCUCCUCAACUACCCCUCACUGCCAGCACUCAGUAAGUCUACACACUCAUCCAGCAUCAACGUCCGUCCUCUGAGACACUUUGAGGACGUGACAGCAGCUGUGUCAGAGCUCAGAGAGAAACUACACGACGUCCUGAGAGACUCAUGGACAAACAUCUUACAUAGACUUAAUGAUGUGGAUGUUUUACUGUCAGAACCAAAGAGCAGAGCUGGAUUCUUAAAAUAUUCACGUGAAAUCACUCUGGAUCCAAACACAGCAAACACACGACUGGUACUAUCAGAGGGGAACAGGAAGGUGAAACUGAUGAUUCAACGUCAGUCCUAUUCUAAUCACCCAGACAGAUUCACUGGAUGUUAUCAGGUUCUGAGUAGAGAGAGUCUGACUGGACGUUGUUACUGGGAGGUUAAGAGGAGUGCAACACAAGUUUAUGUUGCAGUCACGUACAAGAAUAUCAGCAGAAAAGGAGGUAAAAAUGAAUGUGGAUUUGGAAAUGAUGAAAAGUCUUGGGCUUUAGAGUGUUCCAAAAACAGUUUUAAAUUUGGUCACAACAACAUCUGGACCUCCGUCUCAGGUCCAGUUCCCUCCACAGUCGGAGUGUACCUGGACCACAGAGCAGGUAUUCUGUCCUUCUACAGCGUCUCUGAAACCUUGACUCUCCUCCACAGAGUCCAGGCCACAUUCACUGAACCGCUACUGGCUGGAGUUUUUGUUUGUUCCAUUGGAGGUUCUGCUGAGUUUUGUAAACCCAAGUAGAUUUUCUCUCUAAUGGUUGAUCAGGGUUCAUAGUUCUGAUAUUUCUGUUUAUGUGGUUUAAAUGUAUUUCUCUGUGUUCCAGGAGCCAUAAAAGAAAUAAUUGCUAAUAUUUUCUUUCAUUAUUUUAUUACAUAGCAACACUUCUCCAUAAGAAAAUCUUAACUUGUCUGUGCUCUAAUAGCUGUGCUUUAAAUAUUUGCAUUGGUGUAUUUGGAUGUUCACUGCAAAAACACUAAAUCUUACCAAGUAUUGUUGGUCUAGUUUCUAGUGCAAAUAUCUUAGCACAAUAAAAAAAAAACUAACUUAGAUGUAGUCUUGAAGCAAGCUAUAUUAGCUUGUUUUUAGUCAAUACUUCCUUAAUAUUGAUGGUAAAAGCACUAGUUCCUCUUGUAGAUUAUUUCACUUGUGGGACAUUUGUCUUAUUACAAGUUAAAUAAAUGGUGCUUUUUCAUCAAUAUUAAGGAAUUAUUGACUGGAAACUUGGUAAGAUUUUGUGUGUUUGCAGUUUUCUGGUUUUUCUUCCAGUGUUCUGCAAAACAAAUGUUCUUGUUUAAAUCAUUUGAGAUUGAAGUGAACUGAACUUGAUUCUGUUUUCUUUAUUGUGAUCCAGAGAAGAAAAGUUGAACCAACAUCAACUCAGAACUGAUGUGUUUCUCUUCUCAAUUCUUUGGAUUUAGAUCACAAAACUAAAUGUCUGCUGUUCUGCUUCUUUGACUUUCUUCAAUAAAACAACUUGAUUACA